CAUUUGGAGCAGUACAGAACCUGGUCACACUGGAGCAAAAUGUCGUUGAAAUGUCAAUUAUUUGGGCAAAAUCUGCGCCGAUUUCGCUUGGUUACAUUUGAUGUAACGGACACGCUGCUGAAACUUGAAGAUCCUUUGAAGCAAUACCAAAAGACGGCAGCCGAAUGCGGAGUGACUGGCCUCAACAGGCAGCAGCUGGAGCGCUGCUUUCGCCAACAGUUCAAAAUCAUGAGCCAAAAAUAUCCAAAUUUUGGUCGCAGCUCACCAAAUCUCGACUGGCAAUCGUGGUGGCUGCAGCUGGUGGCGGGUACGUUUAGCUGCGUGGAUGCCAGCCUGCCGGCCGACAAGCUGGCCACGAUAGGGCAACAGCUCGUUAGGGUUUUCCGCACCAGCGCCUGUUGGCGGCAUGUCGAGGGAGCAACCGAAUUGGUUCAGCGCGUUCGCGAUUCUGGCAAAUGUGUGGGCAUCAUAUCCAACUUUGAUCCAUCCCUACCACAAGUACUCCAGGCCAUGGGCUUUGCAGGCAAAUUCGACUUCGUUCUGACCUCCUACGAGGCUGGCGUUAUGAAACCCGACGCGCGCAUCUUUAACAUCCCACUGGAGCGUUUGCAAAUAGCGCCGGACCAGGCCCUGCACAUUGGCAACAAGUACGACAUGGACUAUGCCGGUGCCCGCAACAGUGGCUGGAGCGGAUUGCUCGUGCACCCGAUGGAGGCAGACAACCAAAACGAGGCCAAACACUCAUACGCCAACCUGGCCACACUGCUGAACGCACUCGAAACCCAAGAGAUUGUCUGGUGAUUCUUUCAUUUCUUUUCUUUGU